AUGGCUCAGUAUGCCAGGCCUGUAUAUAACCCCUGUAUGCUGACCCCUUGGCACUUGACCCCCAAUGUGGCCCCCAGUGUGGCCCCAAUGUGUGACUUCCGUUAUGUGACCCAGUAUCUUGACCCCAAUGUAUAUGACCGUGUAUAUGACCCCGUGUGUGUGACUCCAGUAUUCUUGACCUGUAUGACCCAAGUAUGUGACCCCCAGUGCGGGCUGCUGAGCGCUGGGGACGGUACGGGAGGCGGCCGUAACGACAAUAUGUCACGGCUGAACGGGCGUGUACACAACUCAGGCGCACAGCACGGCACCUCCGCUCAGUACCAGGCAGUACCCAUCCAGUACCACCAGGGGCCCCCAGUCCAGUACCAGGGAUCACAAGGGCACCCCGAGGAGUUCGAGCCCUCCUGCUUAGUGAGGACACCUUCAGGGAAUGUGUAUAUCCCUUCGGAUAUGCCCAAGACCUCAACGUUGGAAUACAAAUCAGGACUCCACUCUCCUAGCCUCCACAGUCCAGUGAAAGGAGAAGCACAGAAAGUAAUGGAAGGGUACAGUGUGCAAUAUGGCGGUGGUCUGCCCACAGUCCUACCGUCCGUAACAACCUGCGCCGACCGGCCCCAGACCCCGAGGGUCGGGGACAAAUCAACCAGCGGGGCCGAGGCAGGGCCCCCCCAGUGUUCCUGGAGUUGGAACGCCAUCAUCUUCUCACCAUCGCCGUCGUCCUCGCCGCUAUCCUUUCUACAUCCCAGGGUGGUACACCUUGUGCUUCAGUAA